UGCAAGUCCAGCAAGGCUACUGCUAGAGAGGAAGCCUCCACAUGCGGCUGUGAGAAGGUACAGGAGUUCUCAUAUAUCAAAUCCAAUGCUAAUAGCUGCUUAGUGGAACAGGAUUGUUCAGCCUGAUAUUUUCAGUGCAAAGAAAGAAAAAUUCCAGUAGAAAGACCCUGAACCAUACAGUGCAAGUCCCUGAAUUGUAAUUCAAUAACCCAUUUGACAGAGAAUAGUGAAAUGCUGAGUGAGACGAAUGAGCCUCGGCCUGUUUUACGCCAAACACACAACAACCACGUUACUGCAAAGGAAAAGAUGGAACACUUGAAGAAUCCAGUCUCUAGUACAUUUAAAACUCAAGACAUUACUGAUUUGGCUGAAAGACUGGAAAAUCUUGCCCAGAAUACACCACUGCGUUUUAGUGAUGAAGCAAUGAGACCCCCGACUAAAAGCAACUCACGGUUUGGUAACCUCAGUAACCACCCAUUCUUUUACCGGCAUAACCCUCACCCUCAUCGUGUUACACAUAUUCAAGGACUUAAUGGAAUUCCUAUAUGUAUUGUCAAUGACGAGUGGAAUGUCACAUCUCCUCUCUACCCUCAUCCCAUGAUAAAAAGCAAGCUUCCAACAAAUCUCCUAGGAGUACCCAGUUUACCUAUAGGCGAUCCACACGGUAACAUGGUUCCGUUCCUUGGGGCAGCAGGACCCAUGUCUGAAGGCUGGCGUGAAGAGCUGAGAGAACUUGCAGCAAAAGUCUGUACAACAAACAAAGAACCGGAAAAACAGGUGGAGGAGCCACGAAGAUCCACACAGUACUCUGCAGAAACUGGUCGUAUCAUACCUGCAUCUGCAAGAGCUUUGACACGACAGGCAUCCCGAAAAGCCAACCGAACCAGUAACACCAAAGGAAAGAAUACAAGCACUAAUUUCCAAGAUCAAGAACUUAUUAUACUGGAGUUGCUUUGCCAGAUUUUGCAAACUGAUUCUCUGUCUGCCAUCCAGCAGUGGCUUUUGUCAGCUGGCCAGAGAGAAAAGGACCUCGUCAUGAACAUGAUCCAGACAGCUACUGCCAAUAUCCAACAUGAAUCCAUGGGGGAAAGACUGUUCUCCCAGCACAGCACAGGUCUGCUGUCAAAGGAGGAGUACCUACAGAGGAAAAAUCCAAAUAGUAGAUCAAAUCAAAAACAGAAACCAGAGCCUGUUCCUGAAGAAGACAAGCCGGAGCGCAUUGGUACUGCAGAAGUUCUUCAGAUACAUGCAGCAGACAAUGAAAACCAAGACAAGCCUAGCUCUGCAAAAUAGCACUCUACAUGGAGGGCCGUCUCCUAAAUAAAUUUAUUUCUUGGACGAAACAACCUCCUAUUCUCUUAUGUUGUAAUUUUUUGACAUGUCUUCUUCAAGAUGCAGAAAACGAUUGUCGAUUGACAUGUAAGAUGCUUUCUUCAUGCUUUGUCAAGUUUAUGUAUCAGGUCUAAAUUUAUUUAAAAUAUUUGUCACCUGUUUAUUUCGCCCCUUCUCCUUGAAUUCUGUAGUCUGGGGUUUAAAACAUGUAUAGGAACUACAACUCCAAGCCUAAAGGGCAUCUGUCAGUAGAUUUGUACCUAUGACACUGGCUGACCAAGAUAUCUGUGUCCCAUGUUCAUACAGUAUGUGCCCACAUUGCUGAGAAAAAUGAAGUUUUAAGAUGAGCUUCUAGGAGCAACGGGGGCAUUGCCCUUACUCCUAGAGGCACUGCUGAACCCUCCCCACUUUGAUUGGCAGGGCCAGGCGUUAUGAUAUUAACACUGCCUGGUCCUUUCAAUCAAAGUUCAGAUGGUGCAGCAGUUGCAGAGAGAGCAGAGCCUCUAGUAGCAAACAGCAACAUCCCUGUUGCUCCUAUAGGCUCAACAAGUGGACAUGAAACGGGUUAGCCAGUUUUAUAGGUACAAAUCUGCUGACAGAUGUCAUUUAAAGUGGUUGUCCCACCAUAACAACUUCUCUUAUCAACAGGAUAGGGAAUAAGUAUUUGAUCUGUGGGGGGUCUGACUGCUCGGACACCCACUGAUAAGAAUAAGUGGCCUUGAGUUCUCCAAAUGAAUGGUGUGACAGCAGGGAGUCCAGAAGUCCUGUUUUAGGGCAGACAGUCCAGCUUUCAUACCCCCUGUCUUUCAUCUGGUGCAGAGCCCAGCCAGAUGCAUGGGUAACAGUCACCCAAGGCACACCGCUCCUCCAUUCAUCUUUAUGGGCCUGCUUAACAUAGAUGAGCGCUGUCCUCACCUUCUCUUAAGAAAGCAGCAGUUCACAUCCAUGACAGUAGAUCCCAUCACUGCAGGGACUCCGAGCCCCCAUUCUUGUGAUCUGUGAGGAUGUCAGCAGUCAGCCCCCCACUAAUCACAUACUUAUCACCUAUAUGGAUGGGACAAUACCUAUAAUAAAGAGCAUUAUUACUCUUUAAUUUGUGGCUUUUGUUAUCAACCAAAGUACAGCUUCCAAAAAAGUGAAU